AUGAAUUACUAUUUAAUUUUUAUUUCAACACCGAUUGUUUUUAUUUUGCUUUUUUCUGUUGAUCAAACAAACGGAUAUUGCUGUACGGUUAAAGGAUCCAUUGGAUUCCCUCCAGAUUGCAACAUUUUUGGUUGCAAUUGUGAUUGUAAUAAAUGUGAUGAACCGGUGGACAAAGCCUGCUGUUUGGUAGAAAAUACUGGGAUAGGUAGAAUAGCUUGUUCUUCUAAAAAGCGGAAGCGUAGCUUAAAACAAAAUGAAGUAAACUAGUUUUCAUAUAAAUAAAUAAACGUUGA